UAAGAAGACACGUUUCCAAAAAGAUGAUUACGUACGCAUGAGUCGGAACAAGAAUAUUUUUUCAAAAGGAUAUCUUCCCAACUACUCUGAUGAAAUUCUCCAGGUUGAUCUUGUAAAGAAUAAGGCUAAUCCCAACAGAUAUCGUGUUCGAGAUGAAAAAGGAGAAAAAUUUGAAGGAUACUUUUACCCAGAGGAGCUGACAAAAGUAAGAAAGGAUGAUAAUACGAGUUACAGAAUUGAGAAAAUUAUACGUAAAAGAAAUAAAAAAGAUGGAAGUAAAGAAUAUCUUGUAAAAUUUUUUGAUUAUCCCGACUCCGAAUGGAUCAAUGAAUCACAAUUUGUUUAAAUUAUUUUCUUUGUUAUUUAUUGUAAAUCAUUAUUGUAAAUCAUUUAAUUUAAAAUAAUAAAAUUUAAUUAAAAAUGGAAAAUACUUUCUUUGUUGUAUUACCCAGCAACGUCAGUGAUUAUUCAGACAAUAAACCUAAUAAAUUUCGGUCACAUUUGGCAAAACCUAUCCAAUUCCAAGGCGGGAAUUGGGUCUGUGGUCUAUAUAGCAUUCAAUAUCCUCAGUCUUGGGCUGCAACUAUUGGCACCGACGUUAAACAGUGGAUCGAAAUUAAUUACAAAAACAAAA